CGAAGGCCCAGGUGGAAGGAAGUAUCGUGGUGGGGUAGUUCCUGACAGCAGCAGGAGGGAAUGGAGGAGAGUGUAUCAGACGAAAUAACAGGACAAUUUUCAUUCAAGAAGGCCCAAUAAAAAAUAUUUAUUAGCAAGAAGAACGGAUGGUAGCGGGAGUUCACUUACUCGCCUACGGAUUCUCAGAAGGCAGCCCGAUCUGCGGGCCCUUUUCCUGCAUCUUGUUCUUCAAGCAAAUUAUGGGGAUCUGGGCCUGUUCCAGUAAAAGCAGUAUAUCCUUCUCGUCGGACUCGUUAAAGGAAAAAGUUUCUUCCAGUUCACGGAAGGAAGAAUCUUCAGCUCCUCAAGCACUGUCAUUAAAGCCUUUCAACUGUGUAGAGCUCCUCUAGUUAAGAUGUGGGGGAGUAUGAUGAGCUGAUUGAUGAGCGUUGAUCAUGAAGCCCAGAGUAAGUGCUGCCUGGUCCAUCACAGAGUCUAUGACCCUACCUUAAGUUUUAGAGGAAGAGAAUGAGGAAAUGAGAUAAAGAUAAAGUGGACGAGUGGAGGACUGUACCCCCAGCAUCCCCCAGUCCUGAAGCAACAUGUCAGGACUCCAGCUGGUCACCCCCGCCUCCAAUCCCAUGGGGCCUUUCUUUGGUCUCCCGUGGCAACAGGAGGCCAUCCAUGACAACAUCUACACGCCUAGGAAAUAUCAGGUUGAACUUCUUGAAGCAGCUCUUGAACACAAUACUAUCGUCUGUUUAAAUACUGGCUCAGGGAAGACCUUUAUUGCAGUACUCUUAACUAAAGAGCUUUCCCACCAAAUCCGGGGAGACUUCGCGGAACAUGGGAAGAGGACAGUUUUCCUGGUGAAUACAGAAUCGUCUGUGAUUCAGCAAGCAGCUAGUGUUAGGACCCACUCUGAUCUCCAGGUUGGAGAAUACACCAGCGCGGAGAAGAUAUCCUCAUGGUCCGGGGAAAAGUGGAGCCAAGAAAUGAUUGAAAAUCAGGUGCUCGUUAUGACUUGCCAUAUCUUCCUGCAUGUGCUGAAGAAUGGAGUGUUGCCACUAUGGAAACUCAACCUGGUGGUGUUUGAUGAGUGUCACCUGGCAAUCACAGACCAUCCCUACCGGGAGAUAAUGAAGCUAUGUGAGGGCUCUCUGUGCAGCCCUCGCAUCCUGGGCCUCACAGCAUCCAUUCUGAAUGGUAAAUGUGACCCGUCUGAACUGGAGCAGAAGAUCCAGAACCUGGAGCGGAUCUUAAGGAGCAAUGCAGAGACCGCUACUGACCUCGUAGUCCUCGACAGAUAUGCCUCCCAGCCCAGAGAAGUGGUGCUGGACUGUGGACCCUACCUGGACAAGAGUGGCCUCUCUGAGUGUCUGCUGAGUGAGCUGGAUAAGGCUCUCCACUUCCUCAACGACUGCAACAUAUCUGUGCCUCGAGAGGACAGAGACCCCACCUUCAUAACCAAACAGGUGCUGAGGGACUGCCGGGCGGUGCUGCUGGUGCUGGGGCCGUGGUGUGCCGACAAGGUGGCUGGUAUCAUGGUGCGGGAGCUACAGAAGUACAUCAAACACGAACAGGAAGAGAUCAACAGGAAGUUCCUGCUCUUCACUGACACCAUCCUGAGGAAGGUCCACGCUCUGUGCGAAGAGCACUUCACCCCGGCUUCUUUGGACCUGAAGUUCGUGACCCCCAAAGUCAUCCGUCUCUUAGAGAUCCUCCAUGAGUACAAGCCCUUCGAGAGGCAGCAGUUUGAGAGUGUGGAGUGGUACAACAACCGCAACGAGGACAAUUACGUAUCGUGGAGUGACUCAGAGGACGAAGACGAGGAUGAGGAGGUGGAGGUGAAGGAGAAGCCCGAGGCCAUCUUCCCCUCGCCAUUCACCAACAUUCUGUGUGGAAUCAUCUUCGUGGAUAGGCGCUACACGGCCGUCGUCCUCAACCGGCUGAUUAAAGAGGCCGGGAAGCAGGACACAGAGCUGGCCUACAUCAGCAGUAACUUCAUCACAGGCCACAGCAUCGGCAAGAACCAGCCCCGCAACAAACAGAUGGAGGUGGAAUUCAGGAAGCAGGAAGAGGUUCUGCGUAAGUUCCGAGCCCACGAGACCAACCUGCUCAUAGCGACCAGCAUCGUGGAGGAAGGAGUGGAUAUUCCCAAAUGUAACCUGGUGGUGCGGUUCGACCUGCCCACUGAGUACAGGUCCUACGUUCAGUCUAAAGGCCGAGCCAGAGCUCCUGUAUCCAACUACAUCAUGCUGGCUGACAGUGAGAGGGCCAAGACCUUCGAGGACGACCUGAAGACCUACAAGGCCAUUGAGAAGAUUCUGAGGAAUAAGUGUUCCAAGGCAGCGGGGGUCGGUGAGUUUGAGGUGGAACAGGUGUUGGAUGAUGAUAACAUCCUGCCUCCCUACGUGCUCCGCUCUGAGGACGCAGGGCCCCGCGUCACCAUCAACACGGCCAUCGGACACAUCAACAGAUACUGUGCCCGUCUGCCCAGUGACCCGUUUACCCACCUGGCACCCAAGUGUAAGACCAAGGAGCUUCAGGAUGGGCGCUACCAGUCAACCCUCUACCUGCCCAUCAACUCCCCUCUACGGGUGCCCGUCGCUGGGCCGACAAUGAACUGUGCAAGACUGGCAGAGAAAGCAGUAGCACUGCUUUGUUGUGAAAAGCUUCACAAAAAAGGUGAGUUAGAUGACCACUUGAUGCCUGUGGGGAAGGAGACAGUGAAGUAUGAGGAGGAGCUGGAUCUCCAUGAUGAGGAGGAGACCAGUGUUCCAGGCAGGCCAGGAUCCACCAAGAGGAGGCAGUGCUACCCUAAAGCUAUACCGGAGUGUCUUCGGGACAGUUACCCUGUACCGCAGCAGUCUUACUACCUGUAUGUGGUCGGCAUGGUCCUCACCACCCCUCUGCCUGAUGAGCUCAACUUCCGCCGCAGGAAGCUCUACCCUCCAGAAGACACUACCAGGUGCUUCGGCAUCCUGACCGCUAAACCUAUACCUCGGAUUCCCCAUUUUCCUGUUUACACACGGUCUGGUGAGGUGACCAUCUCCAUCGAGCUCCAGAAGGCAGGGUUCACCCUGAGUGCUAUCCAGCUGGACCUGAUCACCAGAUUACACCAGUACAUCUUCUCUCACAUCCUCCGCCUGGAGAAACCUGCUUUGGAGUUCAAACCCACGCAGGCCGACUCAGCCUACUGCGUUCUACCUCUCAAUGUUGUUGAGGAUUCCAUCACUCUAGCUUUGGACUUUAAAUUCAUGGAGGACAUAGAGAAGUCUGAGGCUCGUACUGGCAUUCCUACCACCCUGUACACCAAGCAGAACCCCUUCACCUUCAAACUGGAAGACUACCAAGACGCUGUCAUCAUUCCACGGUAUCGUAACUUUGACCAGCCUCACCGUUUCUACGUGGCUGACGUUUACACAGACCUCACACCACUUAGCAAGUUCCCGUCGCCGGAGUAUGAGACUUUUGCUGAGUACUACAAAACCAAGUACAACCUGGACCUAUCCAAUGUAAACCAGCCACUAUUGGAUGUCGACCACACCUCCUCACGACUGAACCUGUUAACCCCUCGCCACCUGAACCAGAAGGGGAAAGCGCUGCCCCUCAGCAGUGCAGAGAAGAGGAAGGCCAAGUGGGAGAGUCUACAGAACAAACAGAUCCUGGUCCCAGAGCUGUGUGCCAUCCACCCCAUCCCAGCCUCUCUGUGGCGGAAGGCUGUGUGUCUCCCCAGCAUACUGUACCGCCUCCACUGCCUCCUCACAGCUGAGGAGCUGAGGGCCCAGACAGCCAGCGAUGCUGGAGUUGGAGCCCAGACCCUGCCCCCUGACUUCAGGUAUCCAAACCUGGACUUUGGAUGGAAGAAGUCCAUCGACAGCAAGUCUUUCAUCUGUCCGCGUGAUGAGGAAGAGUAUGAUGAUGAUGAUGAUGAUGAUGAUGAUGAUGUGGAGGAAGAGGAUAGCGUUGAUGAGAACUGUAAACAUCACGGCCAGACUGCAGCCCCUGACCCUGCUGUUGCUCAGCAACCCUUUAGUGACUGUCAUGUCUCCUCCCAGCCUGAGAGGGGUGAUGUCAGCAAACACCAAGAAGCUGACAGGCUAGAGGAGGAGGAGCCCCAGCAGCCAGACUCUGCCUCCUGCACCAAUACCCUCACUAACUGCACUGCUGCCGUCGCCAAAGACAACAGUGACUACGGCGACCACGCACACCUUCAUGACGGACGUGAUAACUGCCAGUUCCUCCCGGCUGGCCCUGGUUCGCCACUGGAGAGCGAAGAAGUAUCAACAACAAUGACAACACAAACCACUACCUCAGUUCAUCCUGUGCAGCCCUCUCCAAGCACAGAGAACCAGAAUCUAACCCCAACACAGCCCCGGACCCAGUCUCAGCUUCAGCACCCUCAGCCCCGGACCCAGCCUCAGCCCUGGACCCAGCCUCGACCCCCACAGCCUAGCGAUGAAUGUAAACCAAGGGGGACCACAGAGCUCCGUGAGGGCGAUGGACACCACGUGAAUCAAGCUACCUCAGACUCCUGCAGCCCAGCAACAGUGACGUGGCCAAAAGGCACCGCUCCCAUCACAACCACAGCACCUUUACAUGACUACUCAAAGACCCAGGAGACCAGUUACACAGAGGGGGACACACCUGGCCCCUGCCCCAAGACCCUGGGGCCCAACCCAGGGCUUAUCCUUCAGGCCCUGACCCUAUCCAACGCCAGCGAUGGCUUCAACCUGGAGCGUCUGGAGAUGCUGGGAGACUCGUUCUUGAAGCACGCCAUCACCACCUACCUGUUCUGUACUUACCCCGACGCUCACGAGGGACGACUCUCCUACAUGAGGAGCAAGAAGGUGAGCAACUGUAACUUGUAUCGUCUGGGGAAGAAGAAAGGUCUUCCAAGCAGGAUGGUAGUGUCCAUAUUUGAUCCGCCGGUCAACUGGCUGCCCCCUGGCUACGUGGUCAACCAGGACGAGAGCAGCGAAGACAAAUGGGAUGAGACCAAAGUGGACCCCCUGGACAAUGGUAGUGCUGGAAAAGAGUUGUGUGAGGAUGAGGUGGAGCUCGAGGAGGAGUUGCUGGAGGAGGAUGAAGAUCUGAUGUGGAAGGAGUCUAAAGAAGAAGUCAACAUCGAGGAUGACCUGGAGUACUACCAGGAGCACAUUAAGUUCAUCGACAACAUGCUCAUGGGCUCCGGUGCCUUCGGCAAGAAGAUCUCCCUCAGGACCUUCCCCGCUGCCCUCGCCACCCCGGCCCCUGGCCCCAGCCCCUCUGCCCGCUCCUCCUCCCCUGCAGCCGAGCCCAGCUUCGGGGUGUGGAAACCCCCCAAGAAACCUGGCCCGGUCCCCACCCCCGACUACCCCUCGGAGCCUGGCGGUGGUGGCUCAGCAGAUGAGUUUGACUACAGCUCGUGGGAUGCCAUGUGUUACUUGGACCCCAGCAAGGCGGGGGAGGAGGAUGAUUUCGUGGUGGGUUUCUGGAACCCGUCUGAGGAGAACUGUGGGGUGGAGCUGGCAAAACAGUCCAUCUCCUACAACCUGCACACGGAGCAGUGCAUCGCUGACAAGAGCAUCGCUGACUGUGUAGAGGCACUGCUGGGCUGCUACCUCACCAGCUGUGGGGAGAGGGCUGCUCAGAUGUACCUCUGCUCACUGGGACUUAAGGUGUUACCGGUGGAGAGUCGGACUCUGAGGGAGGAGGGCAGAGUCACAGAGGUAGCAAACCUUGACCUCCAAUAUGGCUGGCUGAAGAUCCCGCACCGCUGCAUGUUCGACCACCCGGACGCAGAGCGCACCCUCAACCACCUCAUCUCCGGCUUCGAGAACUUUGAGAGGAAAAUCAGCUACACCUUCCAGAACAAGGCCUACUUGCUGCAGGCGUUCACACACGCCUCCUACCAUUAUAAUACCAUUACAGAUUGUUACCAGCGGCUGGAGUUUCUUGGCGAUGCAAUUUUAGACUACCUCAUAACGAAGCACCUUUAUGAAGACCCGCGCCAACACUCUCCCGGCGUGCUCACAGACCUGCGCUCGGCACUCGUCAACAACACUAUCUUCGCCUCCCUGGCCGUCCAGUACGACUACCACAAGUACUUCAAGGCUGUGUCGCCCGAGCUGUUCCACGUCAUCGACGACUUUGUGCAAUUCCAGCUGGAGAAGAAGGAGAUGCAAGGCAUGGACUCUGAGCUGCGGCGGUCAGAGGAAGACGAGGCGAAAGAGGAGGACAUUGAGGUCCCCAAGGCAAUGGGAGACAUCUUUGAGUCGCUAGCCGGAGCAAUUUACAUGGAUAGCAGGAUGUCACUGGAGACUGUGUGGCAAGUGUAUUAUCCAAUGAUGAGGCCACUUAUAGAGAAAUUCUCAGCUAAUGUCCCUCGCUCUCCGGUGCGGGAGCUGUUGGAGAUGGAGCCAGAGACGGCCAAAUUCAGCCCUGCAGAGAGGACGUACGACGGGAAGGUCCGUGUGACGGUGGAGGUCGUAGGCAAGGGCAAGUUUAAAGGCGUGGGCCGCAGCUACCGGAUCGCCAAGUCUGCCGCCGCGCGCCGGGCUCUGCGCAGCCUCAAAGCCAACCAACCUCAGGUCCCGAACAACUGAGGUUCACACGCUAACUAGCUAGCUACUGAUGCUAGCAACUGACACUAGCUACCUACAACUGUUACUAGCCGGUAGCCACUGAUGCUAGCUACUGACGCUAACCAGUAGUUACCGGUGCUAGCGAUUGAUGAUAGUUACCAAUACAGCGCAAAAUUAACCCUGUAUCUCCAGCGCACAACGGCGCAGCCAGGGAACGUUCUGUAGAGACCUGGGGAAGUCCCAACACAACAAGAGAGCUGAUCUGGUCGUAACGGAUUUUACGUUGGAUGUUUUUUUGCGCAAACACAAUCUUUACUUUCCUUUUCUGCUUUGUGUAAUCACAAGAGUGCUUUAUUAACAUAUAGCAAAGUGUUAAAAAGGGAAAAAAGUCAGGUCUCGCUUUGUUUAUUUUUUAUGUUUGCUUUGUGUCAGUGAGAUAUGAGGCUUAUGCUUAUUAUGAGUAGUUUUAGAUUGUACAUAGAUGGUUCAAAUCAAACGUGUAAAUCAAAAAACGCUAAACUCCUCAGUCUGUGCACUAGUGCCAGUUUUGAAGUGUUUUUUAAAACGCUAUGGCUAAGAACAUGGCAAGCAGAGGCCAGACCACCGACGAAAUAGACCAUUGGGGCCCACCUCUGUCUGAACUCGCUUGAGAUGGUAUUCUUAGGAUGCGUCUCAAAUGGCACCCUUUCCCCUAUAUACGACCCUAUGGGCCCUGGUCAAAAGUAGUGCACUAUAUAGGGAAUAGGGUACCAUUAGGAAUGCAGCGUCAGUCAUUAUUGCACUUAUUCCAUUACGGUCUGUUGUGUUGAGAAUUGUGUGGUCGGAUGGACACAAAUACUAUACGUAACAAUAUCUAUAAAUUUAUGAUGAAAUAUAAAUAUUAUUUGCCUUACAUACUAAGGCCCUUCCUCGUAUCCUGAAAAAAAUGAUAGAAAGUCAACAUACCCAGUUACUGUAAUUUAAAAAUAGAUUUUAAACAGCAUUUGAGGAUGCAUGUUCAUGUAGCUUAUGUAUUAAUAACCAUGGCAACUGGAGGGCUUAUAUAAACAUUAUAAAUAUAUCAAUAUAUCUAAAGUGAAAGAAAUGAUAUGUUUACUAUGACAUAAGUCGAAACUUUGGUUUCAAGUAUGUCUUUUGAUACUAAGAUUGAUAAUGUUCCUUUUGAUGGUCAUUUUUUUUUUGCAUUUAGUUAUGUCUCUCUAUUGGCUGAGUUGUUUCGUUUUUGAAAAUAUUAUGAAAAAGAAGACAUCACCCAGGUAAUAUGCUGCAGAUUUUGUAUGAAUUGGACACUUCUGUAAGGCACAGAGCACCUUUUAAGUACAGUCUUUAGGACACACAGACAACGUUGUUCUUCAACAGAAUUGCGGUUCACACAUCCCUUCACUUACCAAAGCUUAUGCAGAUGUGGCGCUACAGGGUUGCACAUGUGAGUUCCUAGGGAUAUGGAUACCAGCCUUUUUGUUUUAUUAUUUAGUUCAAACACAUUGUGACUUCAUAGCUUCGUAGACUAAAUGUUUUUAUUUUCUCUCAAAAAUGUCAUUAGGCCCUCUUCACUUGAAUACCUCAGUUGAUUGCAUGCAAUUUUUUUGGGUGCCAUGAUUUUUUUUUCGUUUUAAGCUUGAAUUUUUCAUCCUUUUUGCACUGUACCUACAAUACCUCUUUAUUUGACCUUUGAAAUCUGUCAGUCGGUUUGAUUGACCAGUUUUAGCAGCCGUCAAGCUGUAGAGGUUUAGCUUCGUUGUUGUCAUAGUUUUUUCCCUCUCCCCUCUUUUUAUUUAAUGCUUGAAGAUUUGGUGGGGUUAAACCAGAGGGUAUUCUCAUUCUGCACAUACAUAGGCCUAAAGUAAUGUGUUUAGUCUCUGUUGAGCAUCAAUCCUCUUCAAAUGAAAAAGAAAUGAAUUAGCAAUGGUCCGAGGAGGGUUCCAUCUGUACUGUAGCUUGUUGAGGUAAGCCGAUUGCACUCUCAAUCUCUCUCUCACCUUGUGUGGCCAGCCUAGUCUUACUGUAGGUUGAAGACUCUUAGGAUUCUAGAUUUCCAGAUCCUAAGAUUCUAGAUUCUAAGAUAAUUUCUCACUCUACUCUCAACUCACUUGAAAAUGGCAUUCCUCACAGCUGUUUCAUUCCUUAAACUGUACACCCGUGUUGUCCUAAAACAUUGGGUGUGCAAGAAACGUAAUUAAGCUCUUUCAAAUGAUUAACUUAGUAGUGCCCAAAGUGAAUGAAUGAAUGAAUUAGGAGGUUUGUGGUGCAUUUUAUGGUGUUAUAUUUCAUAUAUAUAUCAUGGAUGCUUCCGACGCUUUCCGUCAGUAUGGCAACUUGGGCAAAUGUAUGGCUAAGUCAUAAAAUCCUACCGUAGGUACACUACCUCAGAAGACACUGCACUCUGAUCAUUGCCAGUCACAAUGUCUUGUUAUAUAUAUAUCAAUACAAAUGAACUGUUUUUCCUGGACACAACUGCAAUUUGACAAAUAUCAAUUGCAGUGAUAUAUACUGUAGUCUUUUUACUGUGAUAUCCGUACCUUGAAAAAUGAAAUCUAUCUAUAUACAUAUACACAUGUAUAAACUCACGUAAUUCUUUGCAAAGAGGCAACAUUCCCACAGAGCUACUUGUAUCUAUUUGAUGAUGACGAAUAUUUUUGACAGCCGAAUAACGCAAACUAAAACGGUUGCCUUUCGACUUAUAGUAUCCUGACUAAUCAAGUGAAUUCUGCAACUCUUGUCACUCGAGGGAACCUUGCCUACAGUAGCCGCAACGAGCCUAGUACUGUUUGUUCAUAGUGGGUAUGUGUGUAUGCAUGCAAUAUUAUUACUUAACAUGGUGCCCUACAAUGUCAUUUGGUUUCUGAACUUUGGAAUACCCAUGUAAAUAUGCUACAUUUAUACAUUAUUGAUAACAGCAUUCAGAAGUUGUGUGUGUAUGUGACUAGAAGGAAGGCUUAACUAAAUGACAGUGGUGUAUAUUAUAUUAUAACAUUGUUAUUAUAUAUAUUAAUAUUCUGACAGUUUAUUUUAUAACAUAAUUUGACAUCAGAUGUCAUCGUAUAGAGUGCAAUCUGGAUUUACACUCUCAAGCAGCAGUUAUGUGACCUCGUUAAGCAUUCGUUAUGUGGUGAAAUUUGGUCUAAAGUGUACAUUGGUUCCCCCCCAAGGAGGGGGACUUCAUCACAAUAAGCAUCAAGCAUCGGACUGGAGAUUGGAGCUUCAGGCACUACCAGGCACACUGUCUCUCUCCAACACUCAGUCAGUCUAAAGAACUACAGCUAAUGUAACAUUCACCUGUAUAUGUUUUGGUUUGUUCUGUUAUGUGUUCCGGAAUUUCAAAGCGUGCGUGCGCACACACAAAUGUUUUAUUUGGGGUGAUGACUUUAAAAUAAUAUAUAAUCACUCAUAUGGUGCCACAUCCAUUGUCUUUUUUUCACUGAUGAAAAUACACAAUUAAGAAAUGAUCAUUCAAGCCAGAUGUUGCAGCAUGAUCAAUUUCCAACAACCUGAGUGUUGUAUUAGUAAAGGUGUUUGAUGGAAGUGUAGUUAUAAGGUAGUCCUCAAUCGUUUGCGGACUGGCAAUGGAUUAUUGUUUUUUUUGUUUGCUUUUUGUACAUGUAGCACAAUUUAGCAUUGCACUUGGGCGCCAUACUUUACCUCAUGUCAGAGAAAGAGUCAAAGCGUUUAUAUGAUGCUGCCGUUAUGUGAAGAGGAGGAACAACUUGUGGUUUAGACUUUGCUGCUGUUUUGAUUGCUGGUAUUUUACUGUAUUUAAAGGGUCAGACACAGAGAUCUGACUGCCGAUGUGUACAUGGCACCUCUGCCCAGUGUCAGCAGUUACGUUUUUGUUGUUCACCUAAAACUGUUUUAUCUCUGGUUUGCUUUGUUUAAAUACUCCAGGACACAAAGUGACGGUAGCUAGUUUGGCUUGUGCCUGCUGUAGCUAAUGCAAGCUGCGCUAAUGUUGCUAGCUAGCUAGAAUGCGUAGUAAGCCCUUGUUCAUACUAACCAGAUGGCCACAACUAGAUAACUAGCAACAUUAUAUUUGAAUCACACUGGAUACGUUUUUGAAUGAAGCAUCUUACUAGAUCGUUAGCUUGGUUAAGCAUUUAGUGCAUUGUGCUGCACUUACCACCCCAUUCGUUUUAUAUGAAAUGUGUGUGACUGCCAAACUCAGUUAGCCUGCUAACAUUAGCUAACUAAUGAGCAGGUGCACAUGAUCAAACUGAAUCUAACAAAAAAAUAAUUCAAGCACAAAACUCCUUAGCUAGAUGUAGAAGAUGUAAAGACUUGUUCUAGAAAAAAAUGAAUUAUGCAGCUUUAUUAGUUUCAGCAAUUGUGACGAAAAGGGGGGUGGAUUACAUCAGAAGAGUCCCCUAUUUUUUUCUGUACAAAUAACUCACUUCUAUCAGCUCCUCCACGUGGGGGUCGUACUCUCUGAUUGGCUCAAAGUCAAGUUGUCGGCCACUGACGAGCAUUGUGGUUCUACAAGUAGAAACGACAAGGUUCGUCUGUACCAGGUCGGGACACAGCAGGGGCGUCUUUUGUUCUAGCAAGAGAGGGAACGGCCUCCUACGGCACUAGUGCCUAUCGGCAGUCAGAUUUCUCUGUGUGUCUGUACCAUAAGAAGCGAUGGAUGGGAAAGAUACGAUGUGCCUACAGCAGGAUACCAUCUGAUGAAUACACUAGUAAAGAAGUAAAAGAUCUCUGCGAUAGGACGGGGGGCUAAAAUGUAUGUGUUGUGUAUACAUCGAUGUCCUGCCCUAAAUGUUAUUCUUUGAAUAUUGAAUUGUAAUGUAACUCACAAACCUCCAUGUCCUCCGAUAGGCAUGACUUGAAUUAUGUUUAGUCAACUAUUUACCCCCUUUGAGUUAGAUUACAUUUAACUAGUUCCACAUGAGUAGUGCAUGUCCAGUAGAAAGAUGUACCCCCCCCCUUUAUUUUGUGUAUUGUACUAUUAUGAUUUCAAUCAACAACAAGCUUUUCCCAGCCCCUAUACAUUUGUAAACAAGGUCUGCUACAUUGGACAUGGAGUAAAAUAACUUCAUAAUCAGAUGUGCUCUUUACAGCAGCAAGUUGCUCUAGUGGAUGGGGAGUCUUGACAGACAGUGACUUUUGGGAAUGAACUUGUGAGAAUGUAAUUGUCACCAAACAGCGGAACACCAGCAGAAUACAACAGAAUGGAAUGGAACAGAUUUGAUGAUGUAUUGAUUUCAGUAUGGGGAAAUAUGGGCCAACACAACUUGCAGCGGAAUUUUAAGGGACAUUGAAAAUAAUACCAACUUCUCACUCAUACUGUAAUACUGUGCUGCAGUGGUUUGCAGUCCGCACCUUAUGGAUCACAAUUACCUUUAUUAUUAUUUUUAGUUUUUGUUACAUUUUUGUAAUUGUUGCCGAGUAUAUCUACAAUAAAGAUAUGAUAUGGUCAUUCA